CGAGGUCCAGAACCGAUCCCGCGGUAGUCCCGUGCCCGUGGCUCCAGGACGCGCUUACGUAACGCGGAGUGCCAAGUGCCGAGCUUUAUGUAAUAAGAGGACGCCCCAUGCCAUUCAUUCGCGCCCGGGUCCGGUCGGCGGUUCCUCUGUCCGUCUCACUCCCAGUGUCAAUGUCUCCGCGCGGUUAAGUGCCCGAGUGUCAAGUGUUAAGUGCGAACCCAGUGUCAAUUGUGAUCUGAGUGCAGGUGUCGGGUUAUCGGGGUCAGCAUGGCGCCUCAGGAUACGCUCUUCGGCAGCGGAGAGAAGAAGAAGGAGUAUGAUGACAGCGUGGACGAGGUGAAAAGUCUGGAUUUGGAGACGUCCGAUUCGGAACAGUCGGUGAACAUGGACAACAUGCGAACGGCCUUACCACAGGUUCUGGCAACUCUAGCACAGAGUUUGCUGCUUCUAUCUUUAGGCAUGAUCAUAGCAGUUCCUACUAUUGUAAUCGGUGCUAUAUAUAAGGCAAAAGAAGGACUCUCGUUGGAUGAUGAUCAAUCAUCGUGGUUCUGUUCGAUCCUCCUUAUCGUGCAGCCGAUCGGGAGCCUGCUCUCCGGGUACGUGCAGGAGGUGGUCGGGCGGAAGAUCUCGCUGGUGGUGGUGAACAUCCCGCAGCUGGUCGGCUGGUACCUCAUGUACGCGGCGACGACGGUGGACAUGCUCUACUGGUCGUGCGUCACCCUCGGCUUCAGCAUCGGCUUCAUGGAGGCGCCCACGCUGGCCUACGUCGGCGAGAUCAGCCAGCCGAGGCUCCGCGGCAUGCUCUCCUGCAUCACCAACUCCCAUGUUCCGCUCGGACAUCUCGUCGAGUUCUUCAUCGGGGGCUAUGUCGCCAAGGAUUGGCGCAUGGCCAUGGCCAUCAGCGCUGUGUUUCCUAUCAUAUCCAUUCUCGCUAUUUCACAGGUACCUGAGUCACCAGUCUGGCUCCUAACCAAGGGUCGGAAAGCUGACGCUAUGAAGGCCCUGUGCUGGCUCAGGGGUUGGACGACGCCGGAAUGUGUUCGAGAUGAGUUCGAAGGUCUUGUUCGUUACGUUGAAGCCUCUAGGCUGCAAAAUGAAAAUCAACAAAAGGCAGCUGGAAAGAACUACGUUCAAGUGCCCACAGCUGGAUAUGUAAAUGCGGAUGGUAAAGGAACGACUCCAGCCAAAGUGCCAGCUGAAAAUAACUACAAGUUCAAGGUCACCAUCGGGGAGAAAAUCAAAGACUUACUCCGACCAGCCAUGCUAAGGCCAUUAGUUCUUGUUGUUUCCUACUUCUUCUUUUAUAACUGCGCAUCACUCAAUGCCAUCCGGCCUUACAUGGUCCCCGUUUUCCAAAAACUCAGACUGCCUAAGGAUCCGCAUUUUGUAGCUAUCCUGUCGGCGGCUCUGCAAGUGCUGGGUGGGCUAGUGUGCAUCGCGACGGUGCACAAGCUCGGGAAGCGAUGCCUGUCGCUCAUCUCGAUGACUCUGUGCGCUGUCGCCUGCAUCCUCAUCGGCAUCUACGCCGUCCUCAUCGAGCGCACCGACUUCGACUGCCCCUGGUUCCCCUUCAUCGUCCUCCUCGCCCUCUACUUCUGCUGCAACGUCGGCAUCAGCCCCAUCCCCUGGAUGCUCAUCAGCGAGGUCUUCCCCUCCAGAGGCCGCGGUGCAGGUGGUGGCGUGUCAGCCGCCUUGUUCUACAUAAUCUUGUCAAUCAUCUCGAAAACAUACCUAGACUUGGAAAGCAUUGUAACAUUCCCUGGAGUAUUCUUCGUGUACGGUCUGGUUGCCUGUGCUGGGGUCAUUUUCAUCUUCUUAUGUCUUCCUGAAACCGAGGGGAAAACUCUCCAAGAGAUUGAAGAUUAUUUCACAAGGAGCAGGAAGAAGGGCAUCAACAAUCUCUCCGUUUAAUUCGUAUCAGAAGCUCACCAAAAAUGUACUUAAAAAAUGUCGCAGACAAUCCUCAUUUCGGCAAUCGUUGAUUUUAACAUCCUUCUCCAAAUUUUGGAGAACCUAGUGCACUGAAAAGAACAAGUUCGAUUGCUCGAGGCGAAUAAUUGGUGUUCCAUAUUGAUGGCUAAAGUGUGAAACUACAUAUUUCCAUCGCGGGGUUUCAAAAUCUCUUCUCCUAUUCCAUUAUUUCGGAGAGAAGCAAGCCAACUUUAUGGCUUGAAAUUUUUAUGGAGUAUUCUACUCUCAGAGAAGAAAAAUCAUGGAAGUUUUUAAGAAAUUAAGUCGAGAAGUUUUUUUCGGAGAAAAUAAAGUAUGACAGGAAGUCUACGACGUCGCGAACAGAGAUCUGUGAUUUUGCACUUUCGCCAUCGAUAUAGAUUGAUCUACUUGACUUUUUGAAACAUAAUUACGGUUCUUCGAAACAAAUAUUCUUCUAAUCUAACUUAUUAGUUCGCUUUAAUCGAAGAAACCUCUGUCAUGAACUCGGUUUGACAAACUGAUCGAUAUGGAAGCCCGAAUGUUUGGCUCAUUCGGUCGAACUUGUUUUCAGUGUAUUAAAAAACUAAUUGAAGGUACGUACUCAUGCCGAACAUUUGAGGCUGGAUUGUAUGUCAUUCUAAAAUGACGAUGAGCAGUGGACGUCACUCCAAAGAUCUCGUAGUUAUUUUAUUUUCUUGAGUUUUUGCAUCGCUACACGGAGGAAAAUAAACUUCGGCUAUUGUAAAACACCAAAGUUUUAGCCAUCGAUGAUCUAAGUUUUUAUCAGGUGUACUCAAAUUUGUGUUCCCUGAAAAAAACGCAGGUUUUCUUGAACCAAGUUCGGUUUUUAAGAUUGAGAAAAUCCGUAUUCCUGAACCAAAAAUUAAUGUUCUGAAUAAACCAAAAUUCGGUUAUAAACGAAGGUUUUCCUCUGUCUGUCCUGGCUGUAGAGUUGCAUGCAUGACAACUUGUUUUCGAUGAAUGUGGCUCAAAAUGGCAAAUUUUUAAACGUGUCAUUGACAUUUUUUGAAAGAUCUUUGCCUAUACACCGAAAUAAGUGACACGGCGAUCCGAAGACUUCAGAGCAAAAAAAUGAGCUUUCAAAAGUUUAAUAUUUAGAAAGUUAAUGUCCUCAGUAUUUUGCGUGAAGAUUGAGGGGGAUCUGCGUUGUUUUCAUUCACCCUCCUUCUCACAAUCUACAAGAAAAGCAACCAAAAUUAUGCAAGAACUCAGAUUACUCUUGCUUUUUGACCUGCAAAUUCCCUUUCAUGAACUGUCUUCGCUCAUAACCUGCUCCUCCACUUUUCUCUUGGGCAGAGGGAAUUGAUUUCCUUAUGGAUUUUCGAGUCAUAUAUUUAAAAAUUAAAACCUAUAAAAAAAAGCAACAAUAAAGAAUUAGAAGUAACAUAAAAGGAACAUUGUUGAUAAUAAUUAUGACUUUCAGUGCCUCUCUCAUCAAGAUAAUUUCAAUACGGGUAUAUUUUCAAUUCUUCUCGGUGUUGAUUUGAUUCAAAAUGACACUCGCCGUGGAAAUUAUAAAUUAGAUAAAUUAUUAUUAUGGUAGGAAAAAGUAGACUGAUUAUUCUGCAUUACAUGAUAAAUUCUCAUUGAGAAUUUAUUUAGACAAACGUGCAAUUUUUAUAUUUUUUAAUUCAGUCGGGCUAACACCAGAGCUACAACACAGCAACUACAUAGUGUGUGUACUCAAUGUUACUUAGGUCCGUAUCAAAUCUAAUUAUCAGACCUAAAGGACCAUGCGAGGUUUACCAGGUUCAUCAAUGACAAUAAUUACAAUACUGUAACAAGCUAUAUUUCUCGUCUUGUUAAAUUUUUAAAAUUUUAUAUACGUAUUUGAUUGUUGAUUUUUCUUUGAAUAUUUAUAGUAUCAAUUUGUACCUAUAAGAUGUAUUUUUUGUUUAUUAUAAUUUUUUAUUUUGAUUAUAAUGCAACUUGGAUGUAAUAUUAAAUUAGGAUUUUUUUUUCUUUUUUGUACUUUUUUCACUUACUUUACCAUUUACCACAACACAUUUGUCUGAUCUGACUUGACAUUCGACAUAAUCGCAAUGGCUAAGCUGGAGAUUUACGUAUCCGAUUGAAAUCCAUAGAAAUUCCUACAACAAUCUACUUAAAUGUUCAUUUCUUUUACGUUUUUUCAAUAUUUGACCGUGUGCGCCACGAUUGAACCUUGUUUUUUAUAUGUUCAUCAUUUGCGGAACCAUUUAACAGCACAUAGAAAGAAUCAUGACUGAAGAACCUCACCUUACAAUAGAAAUGAUAAGCAAUUAAUUACAAGAAGAAUUCAGUUUUUCAUGUACUCAAAAAUUCAUAAAAUUCAUAAAUCAUAAAUAUUGAAACUCUGAUGGAAAUUUUCUUCUAUGAAAUAAAUUCAUCAUUCCCAGACGAAGGACUCCAAUUCCACCCCGAUGUCGCAAAACUGGAUAAAACCAGCCAUUUCCCUUGAGAAUAUGACAGCAAUUUUCGUCCAAAUUAAAUUUUGCUGAUUUUUGCCUUUGAUCCAAAAAAUAACCGGUGAAAAUAUCGGGUACAAGUUCUUAGCAAAAUAUUUUUCGGCGAAAAUUUAAAAUGCAAGUGGAAAUUGCGUGUCAAUGAAAUGUAGUUACGUCCUUCCCUCUAGCAGCAGCGAUUUCGCAAGUUGGCAACACUGUUUUUCUUCCAUUUAAAUCCACUGAAAAUAUCGAUAUUAAAAUUCGAUAUAUUAAAUUAUUCCUCCAUUUAAAUCCACUGAAAAUAUCGAUAUAUUAAAUUGAGGAAAAACAGUGUUGCCAACUUUCAAGUAUCGCCACUGCCUACUCGGAACCUAUACAAAAUGCAGAGACUUUCAAUUUUGAACAAAAUCUUUUGUUUUUAUCAUUUUAUUAUCAGGAACAUUAUCCUGAAUACAUCUGAAAUUUUGAGAAUGGACCAAAAAAAAAGAAGAUAGAUUAUUUCUUAAGGUAAGCAUCAAAGUAUUAAAGUUCCAUUCUCACAUUCAUGAGGGAACUCAGGCGGAGUGACCUUCGGGUGUCUUCUGCAGAGUUCCUAUGUUAAAUAAACCUUUAUCCACCUGCUUUCAUAUUUUAAUUUUAUUUUAUCACCUAAUUUUAUAAGUUUAAGUUUCUUUGUUAGAUUUAAUUCCUGUGCGAAAAUAGCCUUGAGUUCUAUGAACUCUUUUUUUUUUUUUAAAUAUCAAUGUAUACUCCUAAUUGCUUUAAUAAUUACUGUAAAUACUCUGCAAUAAAUUAAAGAGAAAUAAAAACAGUUACUGUGGUUA